CUCCCCGUCAGCUGCAGUUUGGUUCUUGGUCGUCACCCAGCUGAGUCACAAACUUUAUUUCAGUGGCGUCCUUUGUGUUUCCCCGCUGUCGUUCAGUUAAGCCCGAGCGGUUGUUCGUCCGGCAGCAUGCGCUCUGCAGCUGUGUUUGUGGUCGUCGUGGCGGCAGCGACCCUCUACCUCUACCUGCUGUCCAUUCAUCUCCCACCAGGACCAAAGCACCUUCCACCGGUCCCUGAGGAUGACGACAACAACCCCCGGCCGGUCCAGGAGUACAGGCUGAAGUUCCCGUCGGACCUGGAUGAACUGCGGGAGCUCGCAGAGCUAUUGAAGUACUACAAACGAGAACAUUACGGCUACGUUCUGCUGCUGUACUGCAGUGCCUACAUCUACAAACAGUCCUUCGCCAUUCCCGGUUCUUCCUUCCUGAACUUGUUAGCCGGGGCGAUAUUCGGCCCGUGGUUGGGUUUGCUGUUGGCGUGUGUGCUCGCCACCUCAGGCUCCACCCUCUGCUUUCUGCUGUCCUCUGUGUUUGGAAAGCAGUACGUGGUUCAGCUUUUCCCAGAGAAGGUGGCUCUGCUGCAGGGGAAGGUGGAGGAGAAUCGUAGCAGUUUGUUCUUCUUCCUCCUUUUCCUCCGUUUCUUCCCUAUGACUCCUAACUGGUUCCUUAACAUCACCUGUCCUGUCCUCGGCAUCCCUAUCUCCAUUUUCUUCUUCUCAGUGCUCAUAGGUCUGAUCCCCUACAACUUCAUCUGUGUUCGGACCGGCUGCAUCCUCUCCCAGAUCACCUCCAUGGAUGACAUCUUUUCCUGGGGGACAUUGGCUCAGCUCCUGGCCAUCGCCUUCGCCGCGCUCGUCCCUGGCGCACUGAUCAAACACUACGGCAAAGCGCACCUCAAGGUAGACAGCAUGGAGAGCAAUGGACCCAGUCCAGCUGCAAGUAAGCAGGAGUGGAAGAGACGAUGAUUCCAGAGAAAAUGGAGCUGGCGCGGGAUUUGUGACUCCGAAUGCAAAAACCUC